AAUUGAGAGAAAUGAAGCCGACAAAUACAUCAGUGAAAAAACAAUAAUUUUAUUAUCGCUUUUCUUUUACUAACAUACACAUCACACAUGUGACAUGUCCAUCGACUCUUAACUCCCGCCGUAAAUCCUGGUAACAUUUUAGGAGCCUUCUUCCUCAUUUAACGACGAUCGCUUCUCCGACCAAUCACUCCUCCGACCGAAAAAAAAAAACUAAAAUCACAAUGUCGAUGAAUCCAAAACUCUCAGUCUCCACCUUCAUCCUCCUCUUACUCCUCACCUUCCUACUCAUCCCCUCUCACUCAUCAUCCUCCGACGAAGAAUCCGACGACGAUCUUGAACAGCUCCUAGAAGUAGACGAGCAGCUGCAAGAAGACCGUCCCGAGCAUCAACAGUCGGAAGCCGAAACAGUGAGCAAGGCGCAGAGGAUCGUGCUGGAGCUAAGCGGCGACAACGCGAAGCGAGUGGUCGACGGAAACGAGUUCGUGUUGGUUCUAGGCUACGCGCCUUGGUGCGCGAGAAGCGCGGAUCUGAUGCCGAGGUUCUCGGAGGCUGCGACGGGUUUGAAAGAGAUUGGGAGUCCGGUUCUGAUGGCUAAGAUCGACGGCGACAGGUAUGGUAAGGUCGCGUCGGAGCUUGAGAUCAAGGGGUUCCCUACGCUUCUGCUCUUUGUUAACGGGACUUCUCAGCCUUAUACCGGUGGAUUCUCAGCAGAGGAUAUAGUCAUCUGGGUGCAGAAAAAGACUGGUUCAUCCAUCAUCACAGUCAAUACACUCGAUGAAGCUCAGAGAUUCCUGAACAAGUAUCAUACUUUUGCUCUUGGUUUGUUCCACAAGCUUGAGGGUUCUGAAUAUAACGAGUUCGUUAAAGCUGCAAAAUCAGACAACGAAAUCCAGUUUGUAGAAACAAGUGAUAACGAUGUUGCGAAGCUUCUGUUUCCUCACCUCAAAACCAAUACUGUGUUUAUUGGCUUGGUUAAAACUGAAGCUGAAAGAUACACUGUAUAUGAUGGACCUUACAAGAUGGAGAAGUUACUAGAGUUCCUAGGAAACAACAAGUUUCCAUUGAUUACAAGAUUGACUGAAAGCAAUACCGUUUGGGUUUACUCCAGUCCUGUUAAGCUUCAGGUUAUGAUUUUCUCCAAAGCUGAUGUCUUCCAGAACCUGGCUCAGUCUCUUGAAGAUUUGGCAAGAAAGUUUAAAUCCAAGCUUAUGCUUAUAUAUGUUGAUAUAACAAAUGAGAACCUUGCGAUGCCAUUCCUCACCUUAUUCGGAAUAGAUCAUGCAAAUAAAACUGUUGUUGCUGCUUUUGAUAACAACCUGAACUCCAAGUAUUUGCUCGAAUCAGAUCCAUCACCAAGCAACAUAGAAGAGUUUUGUUCAGGCCUUGCUGAUGGAACCGUUUCGCAUUACUAUAGGUCAGAGCCAGUUCCGGAUAAUGAAAACGCAAGCAUAGUGACUGUGGUAGGAAAGACUUUUGAUGAGUUGGUAUUAAACAGCCACGAGAAUGUUCUUCUUGAGGUACAUACACCAUGGUGUGUGAACUGCGAGGCGAUGAGCAAACAAGUCUUGAAGUUGGCUAAGCAUUUCAAAGGCUUUAAGAAUCUUGUUUUUGCUAGAAUCGAUGCUUCGGUGAAUGAGCAUGCCAAGCUUCAGGUUGAUGAUUUUCCGACCAUCUUGCUCUACAAAUCUGGUGAAAAGGAGAAACCGUUAAAGCUAUCAACUAAACAUAGCGCCAAGGACAUGGCUGUAUUCAUCAACGAAGAGUUGAAACCAAAGGAUGGUUCUGCUAGAGAUGAAUUGUAAUCAAGUUCCAGGCAAUGUAGACACAAGAAGAGACAUAGAAAGAUCAUAUAUGAGAGUUUUGUGACAUUAUAUUGUGUCGAAUUGUAAAAGAAAGGAACCCAAUCCUUUAGAAUAUGUGAAUCAAUGAACUGAAAUUAACUUUAUAGUGUAUGUUAACCCUCUGCAAACAAA